CUGAUCACAGGGAAAUGCAAUUGCCGGUUCUGUUCUCGGCUGCACUUUCCUCACACUGUCAGAGCGUGAGGAAAGUACUGCCGAGAACCGGCAGUUGUCAGAGCAGGGAUCGGGACCGAUUAUCAGGGCACUGAUGAUCAGUGCCCUGAUGAUCGGUGCCCAGCAGGGAAAUGCAAGUGCCGGUUCUCGGCUGCACUUUCCCUCACGCUGUCAGAUCGUGAGGAAAGUACUGCCGAGAACCGGCAGUUGU